AUGCAUCUCAUCUACGCAGCGGACCGAGACGAGUCAAGCCCCAAUGGAAACGGUUCGAGCGUGCAAUGGGGGAGCGUGUUUGACGAAGCGACGAUGCCGGCCUGUGGGCGAACUGGAUCCAUUCGGAAGCCUCGGCCUAGCUCUCGAUCUAUCGCCGCCGUAGUCGUUGGGCCGUACAUUAGAGCGAGCCAAGAGGCGCCUUUCGCCUUCGACACCGUCCUUCUACGCCCAAGCCCGAGCUCCCCCCACCAGCGUCAAGAUGAAGACCACCGCGCCUCUCGUGGCUCUCGCCGCCGCCUCGACGGCCGCUGCCCAGAACACCACCGUCAGCUGCUCCAAGGGCGUCCACCUGCUCGUGUCGCGCGGUUCCGCCGAGGACCCCGGCCCAGGCCGUCUCGGCCCCUCGCCGACGACAUUGUCGCCGCCAUCCCCGACUCGGCCAUCGAGUCCAUCGUCUACCCGGCCACCUUCGACGACUACGGCCUCUCCGUCGCCGAUGGCGCCGAGGCUCUGACCGCCGCCCUCGACCGCUACUCCGACGCCUGCCCCAACGGCAAGGUCGUCCUGCUCGGCUACUCCCAGGGCGCCCACGUCACCCUCGACGCCCUCUGCGGCCGCGAGGAGAGCACCGGUGCCUUUGCCUUCAACGAGACAACUCCCAUCCCCGAGAGCAUCGUCGACAAGAGCGUCAUCGCCGUCAUUCUCUACGGUGACCCAACCCACAUGGCCAACGCCACCUGGAACAAGGGCAACAGCACCCGCGACGGCGUACGUCCCACAUCCGUUCCUUUUGACUCUUCGGAUGCACAAAUAACUAACCGUUGA